AUGGCGGCGCACUUCGCGGUAGGCCCGCAGGAAGAUGACGCCAUCAUACAAGCUGCGCGGCCCGACAGCAGCAUAGGUGACUGCGAGAGACUAGCGCGCUCCGUGCUGCACGAACUGGCGGGAUUCGAGCAGCCUCUAAACGUGUCUCGCGCCGUGAUCAACGCUAAUCGCCGCGAACAGGAGCACUUUCACGAGCUGACGAAACAGCUAGAAGCGGAUAUAAUCGAGGCGGUGGCGCGAGUGGAUAGCCUCAUGGCGGAGGAGGCGGAGGCGCGGCGGCAGCGGCAGCAUGAGGAGGAGUGUGAGCUGGUGCGGCGGCAGAUCGCCGCGCAGCCGGCGCGCGCGGUGUCGGAAGCGCGGAUAGCGGCGCUGGAGGCGGAGGUGGAGGCGCUAGAGGCGGAGAACGUGGGCGCGGGGAGGGUGGUGGAGCUGCGGCGGAAGCAGUUCGCGCUGCUGCUGCACACGGUGAGUUAG